GGUUGCCUCCGUGGGAUGCGGGUGGCGUCGCGGUGGCCGAGUCCACGGCCGGAUCCCCGGGACCUUUCGCGACUCUAGUGGCUCUCAGGCGGCUUUCACUUCUCGGUGGCGGGGCCUCUUGCAGUCUCGCGGCUGCGGGCACAGUGUAGGACAGGAGGAUACCCCCCAUCCCUCACUCCGCCGCCACAGCCAUGUCUACAGCGGAGGCUGCGGCGACAGCCCAGGCCCGGGCACCCGGCAGCAGAAUCAAGUCCAGCAGCCCUCGCCAAAUCCCGGUAGUCGGGGUGGUGACGGAGGACAAGGAGGCGCAGGGUGUUUCCGAGCCUAUGGACCUAAAUCGUGUCAUCAAACUCCUUGAAGAGACUGGUAAAGAUGAUUUAGAAGAAAAACAACUUAUAUCUGUCAAGAAAAUGGUGCAGUGUUAUCAGAAUGGACUUCCCCUAAGGGAUUUAGCACAGAUAUUUAAAAUUCUGAAUCUGUGUACAGGAAAAAUUAAAAAACAGCCCCAUUUUCUAGAACCUGCAUAUAAUAUCCUAAAAUUAUGUGGCUUGCCAUUUUUGAAAAAGAAAGUAUCGGAUGAAAUAACAUAUGCUGAAGAUACUGCUAAUUCAAUUGCACUUCUGGGUGACUUAAUGAUAAUACCAAGUUCUGAAUUGAGGAUACAAAUUUGUAAGUGUAUUAUUGACUUUUAUCAUGCAGAACCACCAAAGAAGCAUAUUACAGGUUACCAGCAGGCUAGUUCAUCAUAUAAGAUUAAAAUGGCUGAAGUUGGAGGAUUGGCAAAAACAAUGGUCCAGUCAUUGGCGUUGCUUGAAAAUCAACUUGUUGAGAAACUUUGGGUACUUAAAGCUCUACAGCAUCUCUCAGCUUCUGAAGUUAAUUGUACUUUAAUGGUGAAAGCACAAGCAGCCAGUGGAAUCUGUGCUCACCUCAAUGACCCAGAUCCCUCUGGACAGCUUCUAUUUCGUUCAUCCGAAAUACUUUGGAACUUAUUGGAAAAAUCUUCAAAAGAAGAAAUCAUACAACAGCUUAGUAACUUGGAAUGUUUGCUGGCUUUGAAGAAAGUAUUUAAAAAUCUGUUUACAAGAGGUCUUAGUCAUUAUGAUCGUCAGCUUAGAAAUGACAUAUUAGUGAUCACAACAAUUAUAUCUCAAAAUCCUGGAGCACCAAUGAUUGAGUGUGGCUUUACCAGGGAUUUGAUAUUAUUUGCAACCUUUAAUGAAGUUAAAAGCCAAAAUCCUUUGGUAAAAGGUCUUAAGUUUUCUAAUUCCUAUGAAGAUUUUGAGUUGAAGAAAUUGCUAUUCAAUAUAAUUGUGACCUUUUAUAAAGAUUUAUCUACUAUACAGCUAUUAAUUGAUGGCAAAGUUAUUUUGGCUUUGUUUACCUAUGUUAAAAAGCCUGAGAAACACAAAAUAGUUGAGUGGUCUGCAGCACAGUAUGAAGAAUUACAACUGCAUGCAAUUGCCACUUUGUCAUCAGUGGCUCCUUUUUUAAUAGACGAGUAUAUGUUGUAUCAGGGAAAUGCUCACGUCCUUGCAUUUUUAGAAUGGUGUGACAGUGAAGAUUCCUUCUUUAGUCAUGGGAACAGUUUUCAUGGCACAGGUGGCCGUGGAAACAAGUUUGCCCAGAUGCGUUACAGUUUAAGACUCUUGAGAGCCAUGGUCUACCUUGAGCAUGAGACCAUAAACAAGGAUCUUUGUGAAAAGAGAGCAAUUCAGCAACUGAUAGGAAUCUUUAAAAAUACAGUAAGCAAGUAUAAUGAUAAGGAAGAGGCCAUUCUUUUGGAAAUUCAAUCUGAUAUUUUACUUAUUUUAUCUGGUCUUUGUGAACAUCAUAUUCCUAGGAAGGAAAUUUUUGGAACUGAAGGAGUGGAUAUAAUUCUUCAUGUAAUGAAAACAGACCCCAAGAAGUUACAGAGUGGAUUAGGCUAUAAUGUACUUCUUUUUAGUACAUUGGACAGCAUUUGGUGCUGCAUUUUGGGAUGUUACCCCUCAGAGGAUUACUUUCUUGAAAAGGAAGGCAUUUUUCUCCUUUUGGAUUUAAUGGCAUUGAACCAAAAAAAAUUCUGUAAUCUAAUACUUGGAAUACUGGUUGAAUUUUGUGAUAAUCCCAAAACUGCAGCUCAUGUCAAUGCUUGGCGAGGGAAGAAGGAUCAGACAGCUGCUAGUCUUUUAAUUAAAUUGUGGAGAAAGGAAGAAAAAGAACUAGGAGUAAAACGUGAUAAACAUGGGAAGAUCGUUGAUACAAAGAAACCUCUAUUUACUAGUUUUCAAGAAGAGCAAAAAAUCACACCACUGCCUGCUAACUGCCCAACCAUUGCAGUUAUGGAUGUUGCUGAGAAUAUCAGAGCAAAAAUUUAUGCUGUGUUGGGCAAACUAGAUUUUGAAAAUUUACCUGGCUUAUCUGCUGAAGAUUUUGUUACCCUCUGUAUCAUACAUAGAUACCUUGAUUUUAAAAUUGGAGAAAUAUGGAAUGAAAUAUAUGAAGAAAUAAAAUUAGAAAACUUAAGACCAGUCACUACAGACAAAAAAAUUUUGGAAUCUAUUAUAACAGCAUCAGAAAAUAUUGGAAAGAUGGUUGCUUCUCUGCAAAGCGAGAUGAUUGAAAGCCAAGCACGCCAAGAUGUGCAAAACGAACAAAAAGUAUAUACAAAAGUACAAGCCACACACAAGCAAAGAGAAUUGGCUAAUAAAUCAUGGGAAAAUUUCUUGGCUAGAACAUCAAAUGUUAAAACUUUAAAGAAAGCAAAAAGACUUCAAGAGAAAGGUAUAGAAUCCUCUAGAUACAGUGAACGUCCACCAAAUGCAAUAUUUCACCGGACAGAUAUUGAAGGCCUUAACACAACAGUGCCCUCUGGUGGGGUCGUAACAGUGGAAAGCACUCCUGCCCGAUUAGUGGGAGGACCUCUGGCUGAUACAGAUAUUGCUCUUAAAAAACUUCCUAUUCGAGGAGGAGCCUUACAGAGAGUAAAAGCAGUAAAAACUGUGAAUGAGCCAGAGAAGAGCGUUCCUACAUAAAAUACUCUGGAGACUUUUUGAAAUAAAUUCUGCUUAUAAUUUUUUAGUUAAAU